UUACAGAGCCAGUGACCCCUUUGGUUUGGGCUUUGUUCUUAUCCACAUAAAACAAGAACCGUCUCCUUGAAUUUCUCAAACACGUCACUCUUGUUUUAGCUUUAUAAAAGGACAAUAUAUUUCCAUGAUUUUCUGAUCUUCAACCACAUCCAUUUUCAUUCCGUUUUUCUCUUCUUUGUUAGCAAUGGCGUCUUCAGAACAACACAUUCUUGUCACUGGUGGUGCUGGCUUCAUUGGUACACACUGUUCGCUUCAGCUCCUUCAAGAGGGUUAUAAGGUCUCCAUGAUUGAUAAUUUCCAUAAUUCUGUCAUGGAAGCUGUUGAUAGCGUUAAGGAAUUGGCCGGUCCUAAGCUUGCUGAGAAACUUCAAUUUCAUAAGGCCGAUCUUAGGAAGAUUGAUGAAUUGGAGAAGGUUUUUUCUCAGAAUAAAUAUGAUGCUGUGAUCCACUUUGGUGCACUUAAGGCUGUUGCGGAGAGUAUGCAACAUCCUUUCCGAUACUUUGAGAAUAAUUUGAUUGGCACUAUUAACCUAUAUCAGGUUAUGUCCAAGUAUAACGUUAAGAAGAUGGUGUUCUCAUCAUCUGCCACUGUUUAUGGACAACCUGAAAAAAUACCUUGUGUUGAGAACUACCCGUAUAUGCCUAUGAAUCCUUAUGGAAGGAGCAAGGUUUACUGUGAAGAAAUGGGCAAAGAUAUUCAGAAGGCAGAUCCAGAAUGGAGAAUUAUUUCACUGAGGUACUUCAAUCCUGUUGGUGCUCAUAAGAGCAGUAAGCUUGGUGAAGAUCCCAAGGGUAUCCCAAACAAUCUCAUGCCCUACUUACACCAAGUAGCUGUUGGCAGAUUGCCUGAGCUUAAUGUUUAUGGUCAUGAUUAUCCAACAAAGGACGGUAGUGCGGUCCGAGACUACAUUCAUGUUAUGGACUUAGCUGAUGGUCAUAUUGCUGCUCUUAAGAAGCUCUUUACAGCACAAGAUAUAGGUUUUACUGCUUAUAAUUUGGGAACUGGGCAAGGUACAUCUGUGCUCGAAAUGGUAGCCGCAUUUGAAAAGGCUUCUGGCAAGAAAAUCCCUGUCAAAUUAUCUCCAAGAAGACCUGGGGAUGCAACAGCUGUUUAUGCUGCUACCGACAAAGCUCAGAAGGAACUUGGCUGGAAGCCAAAAUAUGGUAUCGAGGAGAUGUGCAGGGACCAAUGGAACUGGGCAAAGAACAACCCAAUGGGGUACCAGAAAAAGGCUUGAAUGAUUUGCUCAUCUGUGAAAAAUACAAGUUAUAAUAAUCCCUCAGCAAACAUAGAGGUCCAAGAUAUCUAUAGAGCAAUACUCACGCAAAUUUUGACUUCAUUGACUAGUGUUUUUCUUUCUUUUACGCUUUUGUAUUUAGGGGUAAUGGACUAUAGACUCAGUUGCCUUUAUUAUGAAUAAAAACACAUACUGUAUUCACUUCGA